GCAACCCAGUGAAGCCUUGCAUGUUUCUUCUGCGGUCUGGGAAAACAAGAAGGCGUUGCUUGAGAUCAAAAGAGCCCUGAGCCCAACUCGGAGCACUUGGAGUAAAUGAGGGGAAUUAGAAAGCACCAACGACAACCCGUCUGAGUUCAGUGGCUCAAACGCUAUGAUAAGGCGAGUAUCCAGCAUGCGUUUGCAAACAGGUAUGUCCUUUCCUUGUCCGGCGAUAUGUCUGCAUCUCCCAAGCUGCGUGAUAAAUCAACGUCACCAAUCUUCGCCAUGUCAGCUCGUAUCAUGUGCUCCAGGAAACCUACUCUCCCGUCUGGGCCAAUGGAGGAUGUGCCCGCAGUUUUCUGGCUGCCCAAGGGCUGCCACUACUGCAUCUCCACGACGCAGAUGGAUAGAAGCAGUAUACCGACAGAACCUGUUGCAUUGUCGAUCGGUGUGCCGCCCACGGCAGGACGGAUACAAAGAGGCAGUCAUGAAACGAGCGCUUGUCUCCUCAGGCAUCUCUUUGAACUUGACCUCGACUCAACUGCCUCAACCACUACCUUUCAGACGAGACACCAAAUAAUCUCAUCCGGCCAAUCAGAAAACAACAUCAUGAAGGUCCUAGCUCUUAUUCCGGCAUUUCUCGCCCUCGCAAGUGCUGCCCCCGUGGCUCAGCCUGACAGAAGACACAUCGCACCCUGGCACCCACCAGGCGACGAUCGCGCAGCAGACUCAUCCUAUGCUGUAAAGAAGCGUGUUAACUUCGAGGCAGACGCUAUGCUGGCCGAGCGCGCCCACUUCGAGGCUGACGCGAUGCUGGCCGUGGCCAGAGCGCCAGAGUCCUCUUACGCUGAGAAAAAGAAGAAGCGUGCCAACUUUGAAGCCGACGCGAUGCUGGCCGUGGCCAGAGCGCCAGAGUCCUCUUACGCUGAGAAGGAGAAGCGCUCCAACUUUGAAGCCGACGCGAUGCUGGCUGUUGCCAGGGACGCAGAGUCGUCCUAUGCUGCAAAGAAGCGUGGCAAUUUCGAGGCGGACGCUAUGCUCGCCGUGGCGCGAGAGGAGAAGUCUUCCUACGCUCCCGACCCGGCGUGA